CCGGAAGUAAAACAUACGUUCAAAAGAGUCCCUGUUUAUGAAGUGGUACCCCGAUGCUGCCAGAAAUACAAAUGUCAAACAGUAGUGAGGAGUGGCAGGUUGCCCGUCGACGCAAGGGAGCUGGCCGCCGAGGGAAGAGUCCUCACACGUCCCACCAUGAACCGGGACACGCUGGCGUUGUGGACACAGAAAGGACAAAACAAAGGAUCACAGAAACCAUGGAAGAAAUGAGGUGUGCAGACUUUUGGUUGGAGUGGACAAAGAGACUGGCGGCUGUGGCUAAGCUGGAGUCCCCAGAGUUUGGAGGGGACUCUGCAGUUGGUAAUGACUUUGGACCUAGUAGACCUACGGAUUGCGUGUGUUAUGGUUUGGGCUCAUUCUCUUCCUGUGUGACAGCACGUUACCAACUAGCCAUGCUGCUAUUGCUACUGGAAUCACUAAAGAUCCCCACUGAGCGCUGUAGUGUGUAUGAUCCAGUGUUCUCCCCAGGGGAGAGGGAUGUACUGAGGCAGCUUGGCCUCACUGUGCUCAAUGAGAACGAGGAGGGGAAGCGAGCGGUGUUGAGGCCAACUCUUUUCUACCUGAUGCAUUGUGGGAAGGCUCUUUACAACAACCUUCUGUGGAAGAACUGGAGUUCAGAUGCACUGCCUCGUUUGACUAUCAUAGGAAACAGCUUUGCUGGUAUACAGGACAGGAUGAUUCAGAGGGAACUCCAGAGAGACUACAGCUACAUAGCACAGGCUGUGUGUAUGUGUGAGGAGUGGCCCUUCCCAUGCCCUUCCCGACUCCUGGACGUCUUCAAUGACACUGCCCUCAUCACAUUUAAUCCCAGCAGCCUCAGAAAUGUCCCACAAUCCACCUGGGAUGAGGCACCGGAGCCCCAAUACCUACACUGCCCUGAUCUGGAGAUCAUACAGAGAGACUCACAAAACUGAGUGGGAAUGGGGCAGCAUGGAUGAUGAACAGUUCAAAGGCAGUAUUAAUCAAGUACUCUUUGGUUUCCAGUGAGUUGAAUAGAUAAGAUGGUGGAACUUACUGUGUGGUUGUUGGAAAUUAAUACCAUUUAUAAAAAUGUAACAAAAAAAACAACUAGCAGUAGACUGAUUUUAUUUUGGAUACAUUGAGUCAGUGUUGGCAUUUGGUUUUAAGCUGUCAUAACAAUAUAUUUGUUACUAAAUUAAAUACCAACAAGCCAAAUAAGAUGUAUACUUAGUGUAUUAUUUUGGAACCACUUAAGUUGUACUGUAGUACACUAAAUAAUAUUGUAAUAAUAUUUACAUAGAAAUGAUUAUACUUUAGUGUGUUAAUGUUAGUAUUUUAAGUGUACUAAAAUGCUAUUUCCAAUCAUGUAUUAUAAGUAUACUAAAGGGUAGAAAGAGGGUUAAUUUAAACACAUGUAAGUAUAUUUAUAAUUUUUUGAAUAGUACCUAACUACAAAUUAGUAUACUAAAAUACAAGUGGUUCUGAAUUAAUACAUUUAAAGUGUAGUGUUUUUUGGCUUGGAGUGGCAGUAUGAAAAAACACUAGUCAAUGGAGUAAAAUGUUUUGUGGAAAAUAGAACCUCAAAGUCUAGCCCUCGCCCAAUAUCAAUAAAGAAUCCACCCGAUCAAGGAGAA